AUGAAUGUUAGGUGGUCCCGCGAGUCAUCUAGUCAGGGUAUAGGGUCACGCCAGACACCUGGGGUUGAUACAGAGUACCGCCAGGUGGCUAGCGUCGGGCCUGUGUACCGCCAGAUAGCUGGGGUCGGUACGUUGUACCGCCAGAUAGCCAGCGUCGGUUUUCAGUACCGCCAGAUGGCCAGUGUCGGUACUAUGUGCCGCCAGAUAGCCAGUGUCGGUACUGCGUCCCGCCAGAUGGCCAGUGUCGGUACUGCGUCCCGCCAGAUGGCCAGUGUCGGUACUCAGUACCGCCAGAUGGCCAGUGUCGGUACUCAGUCCCGCCAGAUGGCCAGUGUCGGUACUCAGUACCGCCAGAUGGCCAGUGUCGGUACUGCGUACCGCCAGAUGGCCAGUGUCGGUACUCAGUCCCGCCAGAUGGCUGGCGUCGGUACUGAGUACCGCCAGAUGCCCAUCGUCGGUACUGCGUCCCGCCAAAUGGCCAGUGUCGGUACUCAGUACCGCCGCAUGGCUGGCGUCGGUACUGGGUACCGCCAGAUAGCCGGCGUCGGUACUCAGUCCCGCCAGAUGGCCAGUGUCGGUACGCAGUACCGCCAGAUGGCUGGCGUCGUUACGUUGUACCGCCAGAUGGCCAGGGUUGAUAUGGGUGGCCCGUCUGUCAGCUUUGCAUGGUAUGGUUGCAGUAAGAUGUUCGGGACGACUGUGUAG